UGUAAACGAGUAACGCGGCGCUUCCACGGUGCCUACUUCGAAUGAAAGAGGGUGAAGUGCGGUGCUCCGGUAUACCAAGUCGGACACGAUCCUGUUUCUCGUAAAACGACGCGAUUUACACCUCUUUCGCGAAGCAGAUUACAUCUUUCGACCGUCCACUCUUCCGCUUUCUUCUUUUCUCGAUCGUCCAGUCACAGUAAAUACGGCACGACCGUGGUCAGACUGGCCGUGCUUGUCGGUAGCUGCUAUCUUUCCGUCUGAGCGUAGGUCCGAAGGACGCGACGAACGAUUUCGUGAAAAGGGAGCGGAGAAGCACCGGCCGUCAUCAUGGAGGCGAUAAAGAAAAAGAUUGCGGCGUUGAAGAUGGAGAUGGACGCCGCGAACGAGAAGGUCGAGACGAACGAGAACAAAGCUAAACAGGAGAACCUGCGCGCUGAUCAGCUGAACGACGAGGUGAAGGAUCUGGAGAAGAGACUGGCCCAGCUCGAGCGAGAUUAUGUUGUUGCCAAGACUAAUCUAGAGCACUCCACGGCCGAAUUGGAGCAAUGCGAGAAAUCAUGGACCAGGGCAGAGCAAGAUCGUACCACCCUGACGAAAAGAGUGCAGGAAAUUGAAGCGUCGCUCACGAAGAAGGAAGAACUGCGCCUUACUGCGACGACGAAGCUCGGACGGGCGACAGAACUUGCUGAUGACGCGUCAAGAAUGUGCAAAGUGUUGGAAGACAGAAGUCGACUGGACGAGGAACGCAUGGAGAAGCUGAUGCAGGAAUUGAAGGAUGCUAGACUGAUCGCCGAGGAUGCGGACUCGAAGUCCGACGAGAUCUCGAAGAAGCUGCAGUUCGUUGAAGAGGAGCUGGAAGGGGCCGAGGAAAGAGUGAAAACCAGCGAGGCGAAAAUCAUAGAACGGGAGGACGAGCUGUUUAUUGUGCAAAACAUCGUAAAAUCGUUAGAAGUAUCAGAGGAGAAGGCCAACCAAAGAGUAGAGGACUUCAAGAUACAGCUGAAGGAGUUGAAGAAGAAGCUGAAGGAAGCUGAGAAACGCGCUAUUCUCGCCGAGAGAACAGUGAAGAAUUUGCUGAAGGAAGUAGACAGGAAGGAAGACGAGCUCAGAGAAGAAAAGGAGAAGUACAAGGCCGUUUGCGACGACAUGGACGCCACGUUCGCGGAAAUGACCGGAUAUUAAAACCCCGGAAUGGAUGGAGUUUCAUUUAUUUUGUUAUUCUGUGCCUCUUUCGCUUGUUUGCUACAUUUAACAUGGCCGAAAUACUUCGGGCUUCGGCUGUCUGCCUCCGGCUACGCCAACUUGACGCGUAUCGCUAAUGAUUCAAAAGUUUCACGAUUCGUUUGCUACACGAGUUCUGCGACUAACAGGCGAAUAAACGAUCGCAAAUAUCGUUAGUUUAUUAAUAUGGAGAUUAAGUAGCCUCCGCCGAACCGCUUUGCUUCGCUUUGAUAAUGCUUGACCGGUUGCUGCUUAACCGGGCCGACUUGCUUCAGAAACGAUAGUCUUUCUUGUUUUCUUUUCUUGAAUAGAAUUGACGAUAGACCAUGUAUUUUUCUUUCAGAGGUUUCAAAGAGGAGAUCGCGAUACUUGAAAGCAAGCACGACUCUGUGCCCCCUUUUUAUCAUUGUAUAACGAAUCCGAAUUUUCAAUAAACGGUAUUUAAAAAGUUA